ACCCACGUUCAACCAGUACACCGUCUCUCUCUCCACCAGCACCGUAAGCGUCAUGUUUGGCGCAUGAGCAGAAGGUUUCCAGGAUUCUGCAUCCAAAAUCUAGGCUUCACAUUUUGUCAUUUUUUCACCGUUGAAUUAUUCGUCCAUUAUAUACGGUCGACGUUAGUCUCCGAGAAUUUUCGUGUUUCGUUCGGUAAAUGGAUAAAUGGUGAAUUUUUUGAUAGCGUUUAAUUUUCUAUUUCCCCUCCAGAAGAGUAACGAUUUUACUUAUGUCGAAAUUUAAAUAACCUCUUUAAAACUAAUUGAAGCUGAUAUCAUUCAAAUUGAAUUAGAAUGUAAAAUCUUCGCAGGUUUUUAUCGUGCUAGUAAAAGUGGUUAUCGAAAAAUUUCUCGAGUUCGUUAUUAGGAACAUUCUUUUGAUCUACGCGGUGUUUAUAAUUUCCGAGUGAUUAUCACUUAAAAUAAUAAAUUACAGUUCUACAUUCCUGUAGCGAUGCAUUUUUCAAUUCCUGAAACAAAAGAAGUCAAGGAGACAAAUGGAUCUUCUUACGUCGUUUAUAACAUUUAUAUCAAUGGGAUCUUUCACUGUAGUAUGCGAUACAGUCAAAUGCAUACAUUGAAUGAACAACUGAAGCAAGUCUUUGGAGGGCAAGCGUUACCAUAUUUCCCUCCAAAAAAACUUUUUCCUCUAUCUAAAACACAACUGGAAGAAAGACAGUUUUGUUUGGAAAAAUAUCUUCAAGGAGUUAGUCAACAAAAUGAUCUUGUUAAUAGCAGCGUCUUGCGGAGAUUCUUAUUCUCAGCUCAGCAGAAAUUAGCGAGUACAUGGCACGACGAUAAUAAUCUGACUGUGUGGCUUUUGAAUGGUACUCAAGUUGUGGUUAAAGUAACCUAUGAAGACAGUUCUGAAGUUGUGCUUCAGAAAGUUUGCGAUCAAUUGAGAAUUCCUCACGAGCUAAAUCAAUAUUUCUCCUUGUUUGUUCAACGUCAAGGGGAAAAUGGUGAAACGUCUCUGAUUCAUCUCCUACAAAACUACGAAUGCCCCGUCAUAACGAUGAAACAAAUUUCUGGUCAGACGAAAAUCGUCAUUCGAAAGAGUUACUGGGACGCGUCAAUCGAUAUAAAGCUGCUAUCCGAUCGAUCUACCUUGAAUUUAUUGUACUCUCAAACUGUGUUCGAUGUUGAGAGAGGUUGGAUCGUUACCGAUCGCGAUACUCAGGAAAAAUUAGCAACCUUGCAAUCCCGCGGUGCUAAACGUGACUAUUUAGAAGUGUCGAGAACGUUGAAAUUUUACGGUUAUGUGAGGUUUGAACAUUGCACCUGCGACUACCCAGAACCCAACACUGAGACUACGAUUUCAAUUGGCCAGAAGGACUUGAUUUUUACCCCUAAAUCGGAAAGUCUUGCCGAUAAAGAGUUCAAGUUCAGAAUUACGAGAAUUAGAUGUUGGAAAAUUACUCCGCUGAAUGACAUCAAACAAGAAGUGCAAUUAUCUUUCGAGUAUUUAAUCAAUACCGAUAAACUGCAGUGGAUUACAAUCGUGAGCGAAUAUGUAUUUUUCCUGUCUGUCUGCCUUCAAUCAAUUGUCGAUGAGCUGAUGCUCAAGAAAUCUGGCACUUUCGCUAAUAAUGGUAAUAGUGAAAACGAUAACCUCACUACAAAAAUUCCUAGUAGCUCUCAAACUACUUCAGUUCAUUAUCAGAAGCCAUCAAUGGCCAGAAGAUCUAAAAUCAACAAAGAUAUAUCACUUCUGACCAAGAAAAUUGAUGGCAAAAAUUCUUCCUUUGUCCCCCUGCUAGAAAACGACUCGUUCGUUAAUAUAGGGGAUGACGAUUUAUAACGUAAACGUAGCUGAACAGCAAUAAACACUUCCAUUCGAUUGAUCUCGAUUAAUCAUGAUUUCCUUAGCCACACGAAUACAGUAAUGUGAUAUUUUUACAAUUGAGCUUUAAAUUAGAUGUCUUGGUUCAGUGAUCAAGUUUUAGAUUAUACGUAAUUAUUGUAUGUAAAGCAUUUCUUCCAUUCUUUGUAUUGUGUUCUUAGAAUUAUAAUUUUAUCUCCCAGUUUUCUUUUCGUCAAUCAACACAAUCCCAUUGAUAGAUUUUCCACAAAGCAAUUCUUUUAUUUACUAUUGAAACAUUCCUCGACUGGUUUAUUUUCUAGUUUAAUCAUAGUUAUUGAAAAAAUGUACCUAAUGUUUUUAUGUUAUUAGUAAAUAUUGUAUAAUAUCUUUCUACGUUAAUAUUUUUGUCAUUACAAAAUGACAGCAGAGCUGGAACAAACUAUGUAUAUGUAUUUUUUGAAUAGAGUUUUUUCUUUUUUAAUGUA